UUUGAGUUUGCCGUCAUGUCUCGAGAUGGAGCGCGAUCGCCGCCAGACUGGGUCGAUGCUAACUUUGCGCUUUUCGUUCUCACCGAUGUCUCCAACGAGGAACUCAACGAAAUACUCCAAAAAGCCUUCGACGGCAGCACCGUGAAUAGCUACAUGUUCUGGCUCGCCUCGGAUACCUUCCCUACAGCUCCGCGUCGAAUCCAAAAAGACGGAACGACCUUCUUCGAGAACGCCACCAAACCCCCAAUCCCCAAAGAUUGGACCUCACCCUUCAUAGGAAAAACCGUUGAAGACGUCGCGUCAUUUCUGAAAACGGUUCCACGUGACCUCUGCGUCGAUUGGCACCACUUCGCUGUCCUUGGGGAGGAGUACAAGGAGAAGGGCUUGGUUGCGCUGUACAGGAUCGGAGAUGAGGAUUUAGUUGGUUCAAAUCUGGAAAAGCUGUCAUGCUCAGUAGCAGGGUCGACGUUAGCGUUGUCAAGUUUAGAAAAGCAUGUGUGGGAUGAGUGGAGGGUGGACUUCGGACAGGAUGAGCCUGUUAUGUAG